ACAUACAUAUUCAGUGGUGAGUAAGAACAGAAGUGGAAAGCCUUACUUACCGCAGUUUAUUAUAUGUUUCAUGCCCGUGAUAAUUACUUUUAUAAUGCCACUUGUGAAAAAAUUGAUCAGAUUAGGAUGAAUCACCUUGCUGGCCAACAGUUAUUGGAAUGAUUCUCCACGUGUGACUUCGUUGCACUAUUACAAAAUGUGGCAGGAUAGACCUGCCCGGCCAUUGUUGCCAAUGUUCAUUUGUAAUGCUGCCUUAAGGAGAUGAGGAGAUGAGAGCCAAUUGUUCCAGCAGCUCAGCCUGCCCUGCCAACAGUUCAGAGGAGGAGCUGCCAGUGGGACUGGAGGUACAUGGAAACCUAGAGCUCGUUUUCACAGUGGUGUCCACUGUGAUGAUGGGGCUGCUCAUGUUCUCUUUGGGAUGCUCCGUGGAGAUCCGGAAGCUGUGGUCGCACGUCAGGAGACCCUGGGGCAUUGCUGUGGGACUGCUCUGCCAAUUUGGGCUCAUGCCUUUUACAGCUUAUCUCCUGGCCAUCAGCUUUUCUCUGAAGCCAGUCCAAGCUAUUGCUGUUCUCAUCAUGGGCUGCUGCCCGGGGGGCACCAUCUCUAACAUUUUCACCUUCUGGGUUGACGGAGAUAUGGAUCUCAGCAUCGGUAUGACAACCUGUUCCACCGUGGCUGCCCUGGGAAUGAUGCCACUCUGCAUUUACCUCUACACCUGGUCCUGGAGUCUUCAGCAGAAUCUCACCGUUCCUUAUCAGAACAUAGGAAUUACCCUUGUGUGCCUGACCGUUCCUGUGGCCUUUGGUGUCUAUGUGAAUUACAGAUGGCCAAAACAAUCCAAAAUCAUUCUCAAGAUUGGGGCCAUUGUUGGCGGGGUCCUCCUUCUGGUGGUCGCAGUUGCUGGUGUGGUCCUGGCGAAAGGAUCUUGGAAUUCAGACAUCACCCUUCUGACCAUCAGUUUCAUCUUUCCUUUGAUUGGCCAUGUCACGGGUUUUCUGCUGGCACUUUUUACCCACCAGUCUUGGCAAAGGUGCAGGACAAUUUCCUUAGAAGCUGGAGCUCAGAAUAUUCAGAUGUGCAUCACCAUGCUCCAGUUAUCUUUCACUGCUGAGCACUUGCUCCAGAUGUUGAGUUUCCCACUGGCCUAUGGACUGUUCCAGCUGAUAGAUGGAUUUCUUAUUGUUGCAGCAUAUCAGACAUACAAGAGGAGAUUGAAGAACAAACAUGGAAAAAAGAACUCAGGUUGUGCAGAAGUCUGCCAUAUGAGGAAAUCGACUUCUUCCAAAGAGACCAGUGCUUUCUUGGAGGUGAAUGAAGAAGGUGCCAUCACUCCUGGGCCAUCAGGGCCAAUGGAUUGCCACAGGGCUCUCGAGCUAGUUGGCCACAUCACUUCAUGUGACUAGCAGGGACUUGCUGGCUGGACUGGCCCCCUUCUUUUUCAGUGGCCAGUAAAGACAGUGUGCAGCUGACACAUGAAUCUUGUUGGUAGGGCCAGUGUGAAUAUUUAAGUGUUCAAUGUUAGAAUAUUUAUAUUUUCAUGUGGAUUGUGAAUUGUGAUGGGAUCACUUUUGGAGAUUCCCAUUUCAGGGAGUUUCUUCUGGGGGUUAACAUAACAUAUCAAUG